UUACUAACAACUGUUGAUUUAAUGCUUUGUUCUGUUCUGUUUUCAUAAUUUUCAACAAUAUUAUAAAAUUUGUGAGUUUAUGGCAAUUAAUGUAAUCUUUUUUUAAACUUGACAAUCUCAUAUAAAAUGAGUUUCCCCGCCGAUCCGGACCAAGAAGAGAUCGUUGUGUCAUCGAGGAAAUCCGACACCUCAUGCUGCUCGGACAGUCUUUCCAGAAAUAGAUACAAUCUUCGUAACCGCGGUCCUGCAACGUUCCUUCUGAUGGCCGAGCGUGAGUGCCCUAUUUGUCUGUCUGAAGUAUUUGAAAAACCAGUUAUUGUGAACUGUGGUCACACGUUUUGCGGCAAGUGUAUCCGUUUGUCGUUAGGCAAGUUUAAAAACUGUCCCAUUUGUAACCAGAUAUUGAUUGAACAGUUGUUUCUCAAUGAUACCAGCUACACCAAACGGCUGACGAUAAAAGACCGUAGUCCGUUGCCAACGUAUCCUAGACAGUCGAAGAGAAAUACCACCGUAAAUCCAAAAAUAUCUAAACAGGGAAACGAUGCUUUGGCUGAGAACCAGAUAACACCAAAACGCAAAGCUCACCCUCCGAAAGUAGCUAGCGAACCGAUAGGAAAUAUGUUCAAAAGAACACGAUUUUAACGUAAAGUUUCGUUGUACAAUAUGAAUUGAAAAUACGGAGAACAAAUCGUUGUAUAAUGUCUAGUAAAUUUAUAAUUAAUUCAUAAGCUGGUGUUCGUAAUAAACAAAACUUGAGCACACAAUCA